AUGUCUACGCCCGUGGACGUAGUCCGAAACCUAUCGGAGCAGCUGAACGAGGAAUCAACCCCACCCCCGCUACAAGUCAUCGGAGGCGAACCUUCCUCUGACCCUCGGAGGGAGGAAUCAACCCCGGCGGCUGGUGGUUCCCCUGUCGGGCGUGAGAAUUCCACCAUAACGCUCACCCUGGAAAACUUGCAGGCCUUGAUCGCCGCGGCGGCUAGGGGCCGGUCGCCCCAGGAGAGGACGGAGGAUCCUGCUACCAAGAGAAAGGCAUCGGGCGGAGGCGAAGUGGGACCAUGUCUAGACGGGCUAGAGGCCUCUCCUCUCGAGGAGGAAGAAGGAAUGGCGGGAACACCGUUCACCGAAAGACUGCAGCAUGGUGAACUUCCCGCCACGUUCAAACAUGUCACUUACGAGUACACGGGGACCACGGACCCCUGGGAACAUUUGUCGAGGUUCAUCACCUCAGCCUCCCUCCAUCGGCUGACAGACGGCGUAAAAUGCCGUGUGUUUGCAACCACAUUGGCGGGGCCAGCGCAAAGGUGGUUCAGCCAGCUUCCGCGCUGCUCGGUCCACAGCUUCGCACAGUUCGGUGAGGUGUUCCUGAACCAUUUUGCCAGCUCGAAAAAACAAAAGAGGAGCACCCUCACCUUAUUUGCAGUACGACAGAAGGAGAAUGAGCCUUUGAGAAGCUAUGUGCAGAGGUUUAAUGCGGCAACUUUAGAGGUCCCUGCCACCAGUGAGGAAGUGCUCAUCAAUGCACUGGCCCAGGGGUUACGCAUGGGUGAGUUCUUUGAUUCCCUCUCCAAAAAGGCCCCCGUCUCUUUCAACGACUUGCUCAGGAGGGCAGAGAAGUACAUAAACGCGGAGGAAGCCCGGAGAAGCAGAACUAUGGAGAGCACCUUGCCGGCAGAAAGACGAAAGGAUAAGACCCGCGAGGAUAUAAGGAAGCAAGAACCGACCUAUCGACGAGAGCCUGGCUUGGAGAGGAGGGGAGGCCCUCGCUUUGAGAACUACGCACCUCUCUCGUCGGCCCCUUCGGAGAUACUGGUUGCCAUCGCCAACCACCCCAAGCUCAAGUGGCCCCGAACUUACGCGGAGGUUCCGAGAAAGCCCGCUAACUCCGGGCCCUAUUGUAGGUUCCACAAUGAGCAUGGUCAUUCCACGGACGAAUGCCAGCACUUAAGGGAUGAAAUCGAGAGACUGAUCAGGAGCAAGAAUCUUUCGGAAUUCGUUGGCGGUAAUCCCAGUGGGAUAAGGCAGGCCAAGAAGGGAGAUAGCUCGAACCGGCCUCCGACCGAUGCGAGUGGAACUACAGAGGCCCGCCCGCCUAAUAGUUACAUUCACACGAUUUUCGGUGGCCCCAUCGGUGGAGACUCGAACAGGUCCCGACGGGCGCACCUGCGAGAGUUGCAGGAGCUAAGGGGAGAACUCGCCAUGAUGUACCGGGUAUCGAUAGCUCCACCGAUCAUGUUCGGAGUACAAGACGAGACUGGAAUACAACAGCCGCACAACGACGCGUUGGUCAUCACGGCCAUGGUCGCCAAUUAUGAUGUGGCCAGAAUAUUGGUGGAUACGGGUAGCUCGGCAGACAUCAUCUACUACGACUGUUUUAAGCAGAUGAGACUGAAUUUCGAAGUUCGGAGGGUGGACACGGCGCUCAUUGGCUUCGCCGGAGAAGUGGUACAACCCAUGGGCGAGGUAACACUACCUGUGUCUCUGGGAACAGAGCCCCUGCGAGCCACAAGAGCUGUCAGAUUCCUGAUCAUAGAUGCACCAUCGACGUACAACAUGAUAAUGGGACGACCUUCGAUGAACUCGUUUGAAGCCGUCGUCUCCACUUUCCACAUGAAAAUGAAAUUCCCAGUACUAGAUCGGGUAGGAGAGGUUCGGGGCGACCAGGAGACAUCCAGACGAUGCUAUAAUCAAGCGCUACGGGGACAACGGCGCAUCAAUCCCGUCGGAUGGGAAGAGCGCUCGGGAGAAGAACUCUCAGAUAAAGCAAGGGAGAAAAGGGCCCGCGAGGACCCGGACGACGAAAGGGAGGGACACAUCCAGCCCAUGGAAGAGUUGCGAGUAGUUCACCUCAGCAAGAGUGACCCUACGAGGGUCACUAAAAUAGGAACAAGGAUGAAUAGCAAAAUGGCCGAGGAGCUGAUAGCAUGUCUGCGAGACCAUCAGGACGUGUUUGCCUGGUCUCCCGUAGAUCUGGUCGGAAUAGAUCCCUCGGUAGCAGUCCACAAGCUGAACCUAAGGCCUGACGCUCGCCCCGUGAAACAGAAGAGGAGGCAUUUUGGAUCAGAGAAAGACAAAAUCAUCGGCGAAGAAGUAAAGAGGCUAUUAGAGGCGGGUCAUAUCAGGGAAAUCCAGUUCCCGACCUGGUUGUCAAACGCCGUGCUAGUAAAGAAGGCGGAAGGAAAAUGGAGAAUGUGCAUAGACUUCCGUGACUUGAAUCAAGCUUGCCCGAAGGAUCACUACCCGUUGCCAAGGAUCGACCAGCUCGUGGACUCGACUGCCGGGUGCGCGAUGCUGAGCAUGAUGGACGCCUCGCAAGGAUACCAUCAGAUUCGCCUGGCCGAGGAGGAUCAGCCCAAAGUCAGUUUUGUGACUUCCACAGGAACGUAUUGCUACGUAGCAAUGCCGUUCGGUUUAAAGAACGCGGGAGCAACGUACCAGAAGUUGGUAGACAGUAUGUUCCGAGCCCAAUUAGGGCGGAAUAUGGAAGUGUACGUAGAUGAUAUGUUGGUCAAAAGUAGGGAAGUCAAUGAACACAUCAGCGACCUGCAAGAGACGUUCGCAACACUACGAAAGUAUGGAAUGAAGCUCAACCCCGCCAAAUGCGCGUUUGGUGUGGAGACCGGAAAAUUCCUAGGGUACGUAGUGACUAAGCAGGGAGUGGAAGCUAACCCAGAAAAGGUGCGGGCUAUAAUGGAAAUGUUACCCCCGAGAAGUGUAAAAGAAGUACAGAUAUUGGCCGGUAGGAUCACGGCAUUAAGCCGUUUCAUCUCGCGAGUAGCCGAUACCAGCUACCCGUUCUUUAGGAUCCUGCGCAAGGGCCAUCGCUUCCAAUGGGAUGAAGAUGCCGACCGUGCAUUCGAGCAGUUGAAAGAGUCUCUCACCCGCCUACCCCUGCUAGUGAAACCCGAGGUCGGGGAGAGGCUGUAUGUGUACCUGGCGGUGGGUCGCCAAGCUGUAAGCACGGUACUGCUGAGCGAGAGAAAGGGGGCCCAGCAUCCCGUUUAUUACGUAAGCCGAAUGCUUAGAGGAGCUGAAAAGAGUUAUCCCGAGAUUGAGAAGGCAGGAUUGGCUCUUGUGAUCACAGCACGGAAACUGAGGCCCUACUUUUUGGCGCACGGGGUAGUAGUGCGAACUAACCUUCCUUUGAAAGGGACGUUGGGAAAGAUGGAUGUAUCUGGCCGAAUGGUUAAAUGGGCAGUGGAACUAGGACAGUUCGACAUCGAAUACGAGGCACAGGCCGCUAUUAAAGGGCAGGUAUUAGCGGACUUCUUGCAAGGGAUGACACAAGAGGGAGAGAGUGGAGAAUGGAGAGUCUUCAUCGACGGGUCCGCCACCCAAUCGGGGAGCGGAGCGGGGGUAUUGCUAAUCAACCCUGCGGAGGAGGAAUAUGAGUAUGCGAUCCGAUUAACCUUCCGAGCGUCAAACAACGAGGCCGAGUACGAGGCCCUGCUGCACGCCUUCCAGCUGGCUGCCGACGCGGGAGCCCAGAUUUUGGAGAUAUUCUCUGAUUCGCAAUUGGUCGUCCAGCAAUUCAAUGGGAUAUUUGAAACAAAGGAUGGGCGAAUGGAGGGAUAUUGCAGCAAGGCAAGAAAGUUAGCGGAGAGCUUUCGCAAAGUGGCACUUAGGCAAAUCCCGAGGGAGGAAAAUGAAAGAGCGGACUUCCUAGCAAGGGUGGGAAGUAUGUCCGCGGACUGCUCCUCAAGACAGAUAACGAUUCUCGAAGGGCAGCCAAGAGAGCACCUGGAGGUAGCGGCAACAAGCCUAGCUCAAGAUUGGCGCCAGAAAAUCAUAAGAUGUCUGAGAGGAGAAACGCUGCCCUGUCGGAGGGAGCAGAGCAAAUUGGAAGCGAAAGCAAGAAAUUUUUGUUUGGAUAAAGGGACACUAUAUAAGCGGGGAUUCACAAGGCCCCACCUGAGAUGCCUCAGCGAAACGGAGGGAGCAAACGCGAUCAGGGAGGUCCACGGCGGUUGCUGCGCAGACCACGCGGGUGGGCGAACGCUCACGAUGCGACUGCUAAGAGCCGGUUAUUUUUGGCCCACUAUGAGAAAGGACGCAGCGCAGUUUGUGAAGAGCUGCGACAAGUGCCAAAGGUACGGCCCCCGCAUACACAAGCCCGGGGAAGAGAUGACAAUCGUGGACGCCCCUUGCCCGUUCGCCCAGUGGGGAAUCGACAUAGUAGGCCCUCUGCCUCUCGCAACAGGCCAAAGGAAGUUUCUAGUGGUCGCUGUAGACUAUUUCUCUAAAUGGGUCGAAGCAGAAGCAGUGGCGAGGAUCACGGAUACGGAAAUAAUGAAAUUCAUAUGGCAGAACAUAUGCUGCAGGUACGGGUUGCCGAGGGACCUCGUAUCGGACAACGGCACACAAUUUAACUCAGCACGGAUCACCAAGUGGUGUAAGGGUUUGGGCAUAAGGCAGAGGUACGCGGCGGUAGCACACCCGCAAGCAAAUGGCCAAGUCGAGGUAGUAAACCGAGUCAUAAUCGAAGGAAUUAAAAAGCGACUAGAUCGAGCGAAGGGCAAUUGGGUGGAUGAGUUACACUCGGUCCUAUGGGCAUACCGGACGUCCCCCAAGGAAGCUACGGGGGAAACCCCCUUCUCUCUGGUGCAUGGCUCGGAGGCAGUAAUACCGCUAGAGGUCGGAAUACCUUCGAGGAGAACUAAGAACUUCAACGAGCUGGAUAACGAAGAGCAGCUGAGAACGGACCUGGACCUAGCAGAGGAGCUAAGAGAGCAAGCAGCGAUCAGAAUGGAGGCAAGUAAGGCGAGAAUGAAAAACGCCUACGACAGAAAGGUAAGGAAGAGACAUUUCCAAGUCGGCGACCUGGUGCUUAAGCAGGCGGACGCUUUGAAAGCCACCGGGAAAAUGGAACCCAAUUGGGAAGGACCUUACGUUGUCAAGAAGAUAUUAAAAGGAGGAGCGUACGAGCUGGCUACAGCCGAGGGGGAUAAACUACCUCGACCAUGGAACAUAGGGCACUUGAAGAAGUAUUUCGCCUAA